UCUUCCUCUUUCAGGAGUACAUCAGUACUUUGACAUUGAACAAUUGUGAAAAGCAUGUGGGAGGACAGUGUCUCACUUUUCUACACCCUAUUGGCAGGAUACAAAGUGAACUACGUAUUGUAUAAAGCAGUUAGUUACUCAGUUCUGUGAUUUCAGAGCCCAAUUUUCAAUCACUAUUAACUAGAAAAAGCCCAAGACUACUGGGUGCCUUUUGUUCCACCCACAGUUUUCCUGUCUUGUUAGAAAAUUGAAGGUGCAGAAGAGAUGUGAGUUAUAGGUGGGAGAACCACAUUUCAUGAAGUGAGGUAUGUUACAGAGGCAGGAGGGAUUUUAUUUAGGGACUUGUUGCGACAAAUUGAGGAUGGGGAUAAGGCUUUGGAGAACUACCCAGGUUAGAAAUGUAGAUUGGGGAGUAAUCAGAACAGCAAUUUCAUUAGUGCAAUAGGAGUGGAAUUGUGGGUUACAAAAGUUGAGAGAAUAGAAGAAACUUUUCAAUAAAUUUAACAGGGAAAGGAAAGGGAGAUGUGAUGAUAACUUGAAAAAAAAGUGAAGGUUUCUUUGUUUUUUGUCUUGUUUAGUGUUUAUUUUUGAAGAAUAGAUAUGUUAGCUCCUUAGCAGAAGCCCACAGGAAAAGGAGAAAUCAAAAAUACUAGAGCAGGUGGGAUGACAAGGAGAUGGAUGGGAUUAACUCAGAAGGCUAAAUGGAAGAAUUAGCCUUAGAAAUGACAUGGAAUGUUGUUUACUUUCCAAACUAUAGAGGGGGUAAGAGCGAUGGGUAAGGAUCCCAAGACAGUUGAAGUUGCUGGGAUGAAAGUUGGAAAUUUGAAUGAGCCAAGUAGGGGAUUGUGUCAUCUGUUCUAACUUGGGACCUUGAUGGCCUUUUGGGCUCCACAAGAGUAGCAGAGGUCAAAGUGGUUGUAUGGGAGUUCUAGCAGGGCAUCAGUGAUGAAUACAAGUGAUGAUAGGGGAUUGUUAACUGAGAAAGGAUGACUUUGGAAUGACUUUUCAUCAUCGACAGGACUUGAUUCCACAGUGCUCAUUGGAUUCUCAUUCUCAGAGGUGGAACUUAACUUCCUGUGGAACGAGUGUGGCCAGCUCAGAAUGCAGUGAAGAACUGUUUUCAUCUGUUUCUGUUGGAGAUCAAGAUGAUUGCUAUUCCCUAUUAGAUGAUCAAGAGUUCACAUCUUUUGAUUUAUUUCCUGAAGGGAGUGUCUGCAGUGAUGUCUCUUCUUCUAUUAGCACAUACUGGGAUUGGUCAGAUAGUGAAUUUGAAUGGCAGUUACCUGGCAGUGACAUUGCCAGUGGGAGUGACGUACUUUCUGAUGUCAUACCCAGUAUUCCAAGUUCACCUUGCCUGCUUCCUAAAAAGAAAAACAAGCACCAGAAUUUAGAUGAACUUCCUUGGAGUGCAAUGACAAAUGAUGAGCAGGUGGAAUAUAUUGAGUAUCUGAGUCGUAAAGUCAGUACUGAGAUGGGUCUUCGGGAACAACUUGAUAUUAUUAAAAUAAUUGAUCCUUCUGCUCAAAUCUCCCCUACUGACAGUGAGUUUAUUAUUGAACUUAACUGUCUCACAGAUGAAAAACUGAAGCAGGUCAGAAACUAUAUCAAGGAGCAUAGCCCUCGCCUACGGCCCACAAGAGAGGCCUGGAAGAGAAGCAACUUUAGUUGUGCAAGCACCAGUGGAGUGAGCGGUGCCAGUGCCAGUGCCAGCAGCAGCAGUGCCAGCAUGGUCAGUUCUGCAAGCAGCAGUGGGUCCAGUGUUGGAAACUCUGCUUCAAACUCCAGUGCCAACAUGAGUCGAGCACACAGUGACAGCAACUUGUCUGCAAGUGCAGCAGAGCGGAUUCGGGAUUCAAAAAAGCGAUCCAAACAGCGGAAGUUACAGCAGAAGGCCUUACGCAAGAGGCAGCUGAAAGAGCAGAGGCAGGCUCGGAAGGAGAGGCUCAGUGGGCUCUUCCUUAAUGAAGAAGUGCUGUCCUUGAAAGUGACUGAGGAAGAUCAUGAAGCAGAUGUAGAUGUUUUGAUGUAAUAAGGGUGAAUUUAUCGGCAUUGUUUCUAAGCAUUAUUCUGUCCUUAUUUGUUUACGUGCAUCUUGACCAAACUUUUGGUUGGGGUUGUGCUGACGUACCAUUAAUAAUUUAGGUCUGUGGUUCUCAGCAGGUGGUCCUCGGACCAGUAGCUUCAGCAUCACCUGAGAAGUUAUUAGAAAUGCAUACUCUUGGGUCCCACCCCAGACCUAGUGAAUCAGAAACGCUGGGGAAGGGGCAUAGUAUUGUGUUUUAACAGGUACCAGGUUAUUCUGCCACACACUCUAGUUUUAAGAACCACUGAUUUAGUAAAUGUUUUGACUAUUUAAACUUCAGAGUGGUUAAGUGGGCUUUUUCAGACUAGUACUUUAACAGUUUAGGAGAUUUCAAGGUACUGCUGACAGAUAAUUUAUUAUGUCAGUAUAGAAUGUGUAGAGAUCAUAAUUCAGUUUCUUAAUGUUGCGAUUUCUUAGUUUUUCUAAAGGGCCAUAGCAUAAUUCUCAAUUCCUAGUGGACGUCAUUUUUUUUGAGGUUGUAGGGAUAGGAUGUGGAUUGCUGUUUACAAUAGUGCCUUCAUUAGGUUUAUUUGUUUUCAUUCAUUAUUAACUCAAAUGUGUAAAAAAUAGGCCCUAAUAUCUUUUGUUAGGUUUGUUUUUGUUUUUCACUUUAUGUAUAUUCAGAAUCCUUUCUGCAAGUGAUGACUACUGAGAAAAUAAUGUUACUAGUAGCUGAAUUUUAGACUUAAUGCUACACUGAUUAAUAUUCAAAUGGAAAAAUCCAGCAAGCAAAACAACCAGUUCUACUUUUCACUGCUUUUUGAAAUUUUAGGCUGUGAAACUGUCUUAAAGGCAAGAAACACCUCUGUCAAGUUCUUUUUGUAGGUCUUUUUAUUUUCAGCACAGCUCUAAUUUUUAAAUAUUUGAUGUAACAGCUUUGUGGCAUGUGAACAAGUUAAUGUUCAAAAUUAACUCAAGAAAACCCUUACAGUUCUGCUAAACUCUGUAAAUCGCUAGAAAUACACUGAGCAGUGAGAUAUAAAAAAAAAACUUUGCUUCUUGGCUACUAAUAGUACUCUAAUUUUAAAUGUGAAAUCAUAGAGUCUCUAAAUGUUUUUGUGAAGAGUUUGUUAUCAUGAACGUUAUAAGUAGUGUGAUUCCUUUUAUUUUCCCACACAUCUUUAAACAUUCACACGGGUUAAAGAAAAUGGAAACUGAUACUACUGACAAUCAAGCUGCUUUCUGACUUUCAUAAUUUUCUUUUUAUUGUAGAAACUUUGGAGGUAAUCAUGAUUUUGUAGGAUGAGUUGUCAAUAUUUUUUUAAACUCUAGAGUCAGAGGUUGAUAAAUUCCUACUUUUUUUUUUACACUGUAUCAUAUCAAGUAAUCCAUUAAAAAGAUUAACAAUGUAGAUCCUUAAUUCUCAGCUGCGGAUUCUUAAUUCUCAGCAUAACCUUGGCUUACAAUCAUGUUUUGAAAUUUUUACUUUAUUUUGGUUCUUCAAAAGUUAAAGAAUUGAAACUAAGGGAAAAAAUUGAUAUAUUGCAGUUUUACUGAGGUCUGUGGUAUGGUUGUAACAUUUUGAAGACUACUAAAUUCAUACUUUAAAAUUUUACCGAAAUAACGGUAUAUAUGUGAUAUGGUUGUCAGUUGGAGUACUCCCUCUGACUUUCCUCUUACCCCCUCUUUAGUGCUUCUGACUAGCCUAGAGUGCCCAAAGAGAGCUUGGGGAUAAACCCCAGGAUACUCUUGAGGAAGAUUGAAAGGGUCCACCUUGUUGUGUUUUCCCUUCUAAAUAUAGAAAGAGUAAAUAGAAGAGCAAAUACAGCUGAAUUCUCUACCUGCUCUUAGCAAAAGCAAAAUUCCAGGGAAUGACUGCCUAUUCUCUUUAGUUACUCUUCAGGGAAAACAGGCCCCUUUUGCAGACCUUAGAGCAGCAUGUAUCUGUUAAAUACUUGGAAACAAUUUACUUGACAGUGACCAGUAAAAGAAGAUCCUAAUAAGACCAAUUCCUCUACUCUCCCAAUAAUUGCAGUCUUAUUACCAUAGAUUUAACUUAA